ACCAUUCAGUCUAGCCAAGUGUUUAUGGCUAUUCUGAUCAUUUUCUAUGAUGGUAAGUCAAUCAUAUUACAGUUGGUACCAUUACAGGUUAUGAUACCUUACAUUUAAAACAGUGUUCUUUUUUAAGGGUAUGCAAAUAAUGCCUUUGGCAAAUGCAAAGCUGCCUUAUAUCAUCUCUCAAAGCCUUGCUAAUCAACAACACUGUUAUCAUGUGUUCAUGGGAAAGAACUUUGAUCCUCAGCAUUUGCUGUGCAAACAGCAGCAUCCUGGUCACAUAGUCUUGUAUAUCAUUUAAAUAGCCUAUCAGCCAUCUCCACCUCUUAAGUAAAUUAUAUUCACCAUUCUCACCGAUUAUGUUUGUAAUAGCCAGGGUAUGUUAGCUAUUUUCAUAAUCAAAUAGACAUCAUCCAUUAAAACAAGAUAAUCUGGCAUAAACACAUAGUCAUCACUCCAUUCCCAAUGUAAUUAACAUGUCUUGUUUUGUUUCAUUGGGUUGCACUUUCUCUGCACUGGAGAAAUGUCAUCUUUAUAUAUUACAAUAUGUAAGCUGACUUGCUAAAAUUUGUAGUUAUUGUCAAUAAAAUGUUAGUUCUUUGAGGAAACUAAAGGGUUAGAUUAACCUCUGAAGCCCUGGUGUAGUGUGUUUUCAUAGUGAUCACCUGCACCAGGUGGAAUGAUACUGGUCCCCGCCCUCUGAGAACACAGGAUGCAAAUGCUCUUGUUGUACGUAUCAGGUUUUUAGUCAUUCUGUGGGAGGAGAGACAGCUGACAGUGUGCUUCUGCUUGCAGAUACUAAACUACAACCUACAACACUGGCUGGAAUACACUAGAGAACAAGCUUCAAAUAAAAUCCAAUGUCCAGUGGACCACCAUAGAUUUCACUACAGAGAUGCCAAUUGCAGAAUUGCUUGGAGUGCACUUUGACAUGCAGCUCCUGGGCAAACUGACUCUAUCCGUGGCUACCAUGCUAUUUGUUUCCUUGGUUUUCAGAUUCUACAACUCCAGGGCACGAAACAGACGGCGAGGGAGUGAAAGAAGGGGUGUGCAGGCAACGCAAACAAGCAACAGCGCCUGCAAUACUGUGCAAGAACCACAGAGUAGAGCUGCAAAGGAUGAGUCUGACAGGGAAAAUCGUUUUCAACAAUCUUCAGAGAAACCCUUGCAAGAAAACCUUAAAAAUGACAAUUCUGCCUUGAAAAGGAUUCAGCUUGAAUCUAUGGACUUGGACAGUUGUGCAAAGGAGGAACCUGCAAGUAAAAGAAACGCAUUUGAAGAUACAACUGAGGUGAAGAGUGUCAAACCAAAGUUGACCUUACAACUUCCUGGUGUGACCGAAAAAGGUCCAGGAAGUCCAAGUGGUCGCCGAUCCCCAGUCCUAAUGAAGAAGCUGGAAGGUGGCACGGGUGUUGGCAGGCAGCUGAUACAAGACGUUGGUCACCAGGGCAUGUUCUCAAGUUUUCAGUCAAAGGCAGAAAUCAAAGUAGAGAAUGCUGAUCUUAUCUUGGAUGGGCCAGGGAAUUUUAGAACAGGUGUCCAUGGAAAGAUCUACGAGUACUACGUAGAGUCCUCUUCUCAUUUCAUCUCAGAUUUAAGCCCCACCCCGUCUGUCAGUCCAGUUUAUGGUCAAAAUGAAAACAGCACUUUGUUUAAAUCACAAUCAUUGGAUUUACCCAGUUUUAAGGACCGCUCUCGAUCGCCAAGUCCACAACCUUCUAGUUUCAUAAUGCGAGAUCUCGAAAUUGCACCACGAAUUGCCAACGAGUCUCUCUCGACAUUCAAACCAACUGUGAGGUACAGCAGGCAAGUAGUCAUCCGUCAGGACAGCUAUCUAACUGCUGCCAGUGACUCAGAGCUUCCAAUCCCAUUGCCUACACAGAGGGCUUUAACACCUCGCAGCUGUUCUCCAGCACAACCCAAUGACAUCCCUUCAAGCCCAUUACACUCUGAUAUAGCAAACCUGGAUGCGCCAGAGGAACCACAAGUUGAAACUGUUGCCGGAGCAAAAUUCUUACACUUUUCAGAGAACAUGGGAAAUGCAGAACUAGAGAGUCUAGCAGGGAAGCUCGAUUUAGGCAACUGCUUGGAGGCUUUAACACUUGCAAAAAAACAUGGUCACACUGCCCUUCAGCAAGCUGCUCUCCGUGUCAUGUCUGAUAAUUACCUUCAGGUCCUCAGAGACCCAGGCCUCUUUGGCAGGCUGAAAGCAGGGGAGCGUGAUCACAUCCAAACACAACGCAUGAGAGGAAGGAAGUGGUUAGUGGUUGCAGAUAUGGAUUGCCCGGAUUGGUGUAGACGUCCGUCACAGUCGACAGAUUUAAAGUCUGAAUCAGUUAAUUUGUCCAGCGAUAUUUAUUACUAUGAUGAUUAUAAGGACACGUGGCACCUUCAUACCCACAUUCCCCAGGAGGUGUUAUCUAAAGGCUGUGCCAUGUGCACCAUGGAUAAUUAUCUAUUUAUUGCUGUGGGUUUCCAAGGCCCAGACCGCGAAGCAACCCCUUCGAAGAAAGUGUACUGUUACAACCCAGUGACUUCCAUUUGGAGUGAAAUAAGCCCCAUGAAUGAGGCAAGGCCUCACUGCAAACUCGUGGCUCUGCAGGGCCAUCUGUAUGCCAUUGGAGGCGAAUGCCUAUCAACGGUUGAGCGCUACGACCCCAGGACAAACCGGUGGACCUUUGUGGCACCUCUUCCUAAUGAGACAUUCGCCGUAGCUCACAAGGCCACAGCUUGCAACGGUGAACUGUUUGUUGCAGGGGGCACGUUGAGAUACACCCUCUUGCGCUAUAAUCCCAAGACCAACACGUGGCGAGAGAGCAUGAUCAUGGGCAGUAAGGACAAGACCACAGAAAUGGUGGCGGUCAGGAACUUCUUGUACCGCUUUGAUGUCAGUCCCCUGGGUAUCAGCGUGUAUCGCUUUCACGCAGUGGCCCGACUGUGGUACGAAUGCUCUUCAAUACGCCUCCCACAUUGCACAGCCUUUCAGUGUGUGACUAUGGACAAUAUUAUCUACUGCGUGAGCCGUCAAUUUACCUUGAGGUUCCUUGCAGAUGAGGUAUCUCCAAGCUUUGUUGCACAGGAUUUGAAAGUGCUAUCUCCAGCUAAAGGUAUUUUGUUUCCAUUUGUCCUUGUGCUACCUGACAGGACCACUCAACAAACUUGUGUUUAAAAAAAGGUCAGAUCUUUCAAGUGGGAGGCUGUCUGGAAAGAAUAAACACUCAGGACCAUAUUAUGAACAUGUUAAAGGAAUGCACCUUUUUUAAUUAGUGGCAAUUGAGAUAAAAUAUCAAGGCUAUUACAUGCAAUUAUUGUACAGCUAGAUCACAAUUACCCAGCACUUAAUGAUAAAUAAAUCUGCUGACGCAGUGGAGGCUAUUUGUUUGUGUGGGCCUUCAAACCACUCUGAUGUCUAAAUCAACCUUUAAUUCCUGGAAAUGUCUUGUGCAAGUGCUUAAAAUGUUUCAGUAAAUAUACCGCUUUUGAAACACUGUGUGGAUAAUGUUAACCAAUCAAUACUGUGUGUAGAAUAAAGCCCCACUGCAAUUGCGGAGCUGGCAUCAUAAACAACAUCAAUGGCUGCCAUUAGUACAAUUUAUGUAAGCUCUCUAAUUAUAUUCAUAGCUUUUUUUUUCUUUCCUUUCUGCAUAUUUGCCGUUGUUUCUCUGCAUAUCACAUGAUUAAUCUUACAUGAUACCGUCAUGUUGUUAUAUAAAAUGUAAAUCUAUGUUGUAUCAUAUUUUGUUAUGUAUUUUUUUCCAUGACAUUUCUACAAAAUUUGUCAUUUGUCAGGGGAUUUCUUACAGGUCAGUGGCUUUACUCGUGAAGAAUCUUUUAAUUUCUUAAAGCAUUUUAUGUCAACACUUUAUGGUUCUUUGCAAAGACAGUUUAACAUCACAAGCACUUUGGGGAGCCCAGAAGAAACGCUUAUCUUUGUGUAUUACAUUAAACAAUAUAGAGAGAACUAAUGACUUAAUGGGUAAGGAAGGAAGAAUCUAAUGCUUUGCCUCUUCAUGCACUUUUCUGUUUCUAUCUUCUGAAGAACAGGGAAUAAAAUUCUCUCAUCUAUUAUAAGUGAGUCUUGGUUCUUGUGUUAGACUUCAAUAUAUAAUGAGUUCUGACAAAAUGUGUGGUUGCAGCAAGAGGCGUUUGUGUGACCAGGAUCUUAAUUAAAUUUAAAUGCAAUUAUGCUGUCAAAAGCAAAGCAAUCACAUAAUCAAUUUAUGUUAAUGAAAGUAUACAAUACAAUCACCGUGACAAUCGCGUAUGCAUAUGUGAUCAAAGUAAGAAGGCAUGCAGAGGAGUGUGUGCUGUGAAGCAAUUCCCUGUGACGUCUCAUUGCUCUCUGUGUGUGUAACUCUAGCACCAUCAUGUGGGGGAGAUCUCAAGGUCUGAUGGAAUCUCAACAGAACUAAUUCAGUGACACAUAUGCAAAAAGACACAUAGUUGGAACGUUCCACAGGCUAGCAGAAGAACACCGUGAGAUAAAACCUACACAGUAGGAGAAGUGUGAACAGAUGGUUGGAUGUAAAAUAUAGUGUCCGAUUCCUUGUAAUUAAACACUUUGAUUCAACAUAAUUAAACACUUAAUGGGAUGGGAGUUAGGAAAGUCCCCUUAGAGUAUGUCGAUGAAUGACUCGGCUGUCUGAACUAGCGCUGUGGUCCAAGUUAACUGUUGAUUCAAUGCUAUUUUAGUGCAAUAACGAAGCAUGUCAUUUCCUGAGAAAGAGCUUUGCAGGUUAUUUUUUGGUUAACACAGCUGGGUUCUCUUUCACUCACUGUGUGCAUGAAAAACCUGUAAAGCUCUUAAAUACUGAUGACCAUUAUUAUUUCAGAGGGAUUCAAACAUUUGAUUCUCCAACU